AUGUUUCAAUUAGCCAAUCUGUUGAUUGUUGGUGCACCUCGGGAUAACACCAGUGUUUUGAGCAAGUUGAACGUGACUUCUUCUGGUGCUGUGUAUCGAUGCAAAGUAGAUAAAAAUGAUUGUGAAGUAAUUAACGUGGAUACAGAUUAUGUGUAUGGCAAAGAUCCCUAUGAUGAUAAGAUGAAGCAGCGAGACAUUCUUUCGGGUCAAUGGCUUGGAUCGUCUAUAUCUGCCUCCAACUCUGGAAAUCUUGUUGUUUGUGCUCAUCGAUAUGCUGAUAAAACAUUAACCUUUCGCGACAGGCAUCCCAUCGGUCGUUGUACUAUACUUAAUACAGACUCCAACAUAAAGUUCAAGUACACACCUUGUAAAGAUGGUGGGAGGUAUAAGCAAAUAGGUGUGAGAGGUAUAUCAUUCUGUCAAGCUGGCAGUUCAGUAAAGAUGUCAGAGGAUGGGUCACUUAUUACAGUUGGAGGACCAGGAGCUUAUCUUUGGAAUGGUAUGGAUUUCUGUAAAAUAUUGUGAAGAGUAUAAUGAGCUAAAAUGAGUAGUCUAUUAGUCAUUAAUGAACAGAAUAUUUAAUAUAUGCCAGUCACGUGACAACAACUUACAGAUGUAGUCUUUACUAUUUUGUAUCAAAUUUUUAGGCAAACAUUACUAAUUUAGUUAUUGCUCUGCACUCUUUAGUAUCUACAGCAUUAUUGAGAUGCAUGACUUUAAUUAAAGGGCCACUGC